AUACAGUAUUUUUUUUUUUUUAAUGAAAUUUGAAAUGAUGUAGUGUACAAUGUACUGCUGAAAUAAUUGGGUGGUAAAUUACAGUUUAUUACACUCAUGUUCUGAAUGUUGACCGUUUUAAAUGUGGAUGCUGGUACAGUAAUAAGACAAGUGGAUCUUGAGCAAUGUUGCAUGGGUCAGAAAUUGCACCAGGCUACACCCAUACCUUUUUACUGUGGGUUUCUACUACAUGUUACAAUACCCACAUAUCUGAUGGUUUCUUCUAUGUAUUUACUGUAUAAGGAUACUGAAACUAUGAGACUGACAUUUUUCUCAACAUGCUCCAAGUGGGAUAACUAGCAGCAGUAGUUCUGGUGUUUAGGUUUUUCAUCACUGGUUAUUUGAACAAGUCAUGAUUUAGCAGGUGUUACCAUCUUUCACACGUUGGAAGGGGAGGCGACAUCUACAUCUUGAAAGAGGGGGUGGAGCUUUUCGUUUCUGUUCUGCUCUUUGUUCUACCAUCAAGUUUUAAACAUUUUUACAUUUUGUAAAAAAUAUUCCAAUUCUAUUUUGAAAAAUUUGCCAAAGUGAAAUAUACAAGACAUUUGUGGAAAGUAGUGAACGGUUACACACUUCAGGAGAAAGGAGGUAUUAUAAGGAUGCAGCCAUCAAUCAGAGAUUUAGACUAAUCAAAUGUUUGGUCUAAUGAUAUUCUAUGUACAAUACUUCCUGUGGUCACCAGGACAGAGCUAGUCCGUCCCCCUCCACCCUGCCGGAGUCCCCUGGUCACAACUCUCCUGGUAGCUCCUUACUGCUGGGUCUGAAGAGGGUUUCUGUGCUGCUGGUCGACUGCAGGAAAACACCAGGGCAGAGUGGAGUUGUGAGAGAAGGACAUGAGGAGGGAGAUCUGAUUUCAUCAAGGGACACCCCUAACCAUCGUUCUCUUAGUGGGAGGGGCUUAUCAUCUGGGGAGCCUCAACAACAUGUUGCUGAGGAGACAGAGAAGAGUCUCUCCAGAUCAGAACAUCUCAAGAAACACCAGCAGAGACGUACAGGGAAGAAACCUCACCACUGCUGCUCUGACUGUGGGAAGAGUUUCACAAGCCAGAGUGGCUUCAUUAUUCACUGUGAUCAGUGUGGGAAGAGUUUUGCUGCAUCUAACACCUUCAAAUCUAAUGUAAGAAUUCAUACAGGGGAGAAGCCUUACCCCUGCCUUGAUUGUGGGAAAAGCUUUGUUAGUGCAGGAGCCUUAACCGUACACCAGCGUGUACACACAGGAGAGAAACCUUAUAGCUGUGAUCAGUGUGGGAAGAGCUUCAAUCACUCAGGCCACCUGACUACACACCAGCUAAUGCACACUGGAGAGAAUCCUUAUAGCUGUGAUCAGUGUGGGAAGAGCUUUGCUGUACUUCCCUCCCUGACUAGACACCAGCUAAUACACACAGGAGAGAAGCCUUAUAGCUGUGAUCAGUGUGGGAAGAGCUUUGCUGUAUCAGAAACACUAACUAUACACCAGCGCAUACACACAGGAGAGAAACCUUAUAGUUGUGAUCAGUGUGGACAGAGCUUUGCUGGAGCUUCCUCCCUAACUAGGCACCGGGUAACACACACUGGAGAGAGAACCUAUGUCUGUCUAUGUGGGAAGAGCUUUGCUCUAGCUUCCACCCUGACUGUACACCAGAGAACACACACUGGAGAGAAGCCUUAUAGCUGUGAUCAGUGUGGAAAGAGCUUUGCUGUAUUAGAAAAACUAACUAGACACCAGCGAAUACACACAGGAGAGAAGCCUUAUAGCUGUUAUCAGUGUGGGAAGAGCUUUGCUCAAUCAGACAAUCUAACUAGACACCAGCGGAUACACACAGGAGAGAAGCCUUAUAGCUGUGAUCAUUGUGGAAAGAGCUUUACUCAGUCAGGGGCCCUGAAUUCACACAAGCAAACACACGCUCGUGAGAAAGAAGCCUUAUAUCUGUGAUCAGUGUGGGAAGCGUUUCAGUCAGUUAUGGACCCUUUAUUCACACCAGUGAAGACACACUGGAGAAGGAGCCUUUGGUCUGUCUAGGUGGGAAGAGCUCUGUUUAUUUAGGGCCAAUGAGAAAGAAACAGAAAGCACAAACUUGCUGUAAUUAGAUAACCUGAAUUCACACCAGCGAAUACACACUGGAGAGAAGCCUUAUAGCUGUGUUUCAUCUCCCUUCCUUCUGGCACCGUUUCCAGAUCCCUAAAUAAAAGGAUCAAAUCAAAUGUAUUUAUAUAGCCCUUUUUACAUCAGCUGAUAUCUCAAAGUGCUGUACAGAAACCCAGCCUAAAACCCCAAACAGCAAGCAAUGCAGGAUCAGUAGAAAACAUCUAGUAAACAGUCAUAUCCAUCUCCCAUUCUUAAACAGUUGCCUCAGUCUGAUCACCAUGGUAACCUCUGUGCAGCAUAAUAUGCAGCUCUGAUCUAGGAUCAGGUCUCCCCUGUGUCUAUGUAAUAUCACACAUUGAUCUAAAUGGAUAAAUGUUAUCAUAGGAAAUGUUAUAGGGAACUUGUGUGUGGGGGGGGGGUUGAUAAUUGUAUCUUCUUUCAUGUACUCAUGAUAAUACUAUUAUUAAAUGUCAUUAUGUAGAAUAAUAUUUCAACAAUAGGUGUAUAUUCAUGUAUUCAAUUGAUCAAUACAUUCAAUCCAAUUAUCUUCUAAACAAGAACUUAUCACUUAAAUGGUGUAUUUUAUAUAUCUAUAUUGAUUAAAAUGAUCCUAAAUCUAAUCCAUAAUAUACUGGAUAAUUAUUUCCAUGAGUUCAAGGCAAGAUCUAUGUAUACUGUGUCUUGUAACAACGGUUAAUGUAAUAACUUUUAGAUUUAUAAUGUAAUAAAGCCGGUAAAUGUAACAUCUUGUUGGUUAAUAUGAUAAAAUGUUGUCUAAUAACCUUUUCCACUUAAUGUAAUAAGUUAUUGGUAUCAGGUUACAACUGUUUUUAAUGAAUAACGUAAUAACUUAAACCGAUCAUGUAAUAACACCUAAACCAAUGUUUAAUAUGUUACUUCACCAAUGUUAAUGCACAUACCACCCUCCACCAAUAACAAACCCACACACACAAACCUAUGCCCUUGUACUCUUACACAAACAAGCACACAGUUAUAGACACAUACAUUGAUUUAAUUUUAAAAAAAAUGAAAUAACAAUUCAUCGGUAGUUCUUAUAUUCAAUGAGACAGGGGGCUCGGUCGGGCAAGAGAAAGGAGGUUUGGGAAACUGCAAAUAACAAUAAACUGAACUCCGUCUAGCAGACAUCUUUGUAUUAGCAACUAUUAAUGAUUAGUUUAUAUUGUGUUAAAGUUAAGGGACAUCACCCUGCGCGGGGUGAACCAUAGUAGGGGAUAUAAAGAGAAAACACCAUCUUGAGAACUGAGUGUCUUGUUUGUAAAUUGCUGUAAGUGUAAACUCCGGGUUGCAAACUAUAUUAAACAAACUAACCUCUGA